CACAAAAACUGAGAAUAACCGUAUGUGUGUCAGUCGUGCCGUACUAAGAUCUCGAGCUAAGAACCUACUUGUAACAGCAAAUAACAAAACAAUAGACAAAAAGCAGACCAACAACGUCGGCAAGAAUAUCAAAUUACAAUCAGACACAAAUACUAAUGUUUUACUACAUAUCUCAUUUACGUUUGCAUACAGUACUAUCAACUAUUUUAAUUGACAAGGACCUUUGCCGAGGCAUACAUCCGCCGACAACCACAUUGUUCCCCUUAUCAGAUGAGAUGACCCUAUAAAAUGCAGUUUGACGAGACGAGUCCCUUCAAUCCACUGGCUUACCUUAUUUACGUCUUCAUUGCGCUCGGAGUCUCGGCUCUAUCAUGGAUUUCGUGUAUUUAAAGAUGGUGUGGUUGUUGAACAGUUGGUUGUUUGCGAGCGGGGCGCCUGUAGCCAUGCUGCAGCACGCAACUUCUUCCCAAAGCAUUGUGUUCCACCAGCUCCCGGCAGCACCAGCUGCUCCAGUUACUACGCCAACGCCCGUGGGCCCUAGUAGUAGUGGAAGUCACGCUAAAUAUGAAUACAAAUACGAGGUGUCUGACCAUCAAACAGGUGACCGUAAGAGUCACUGGGAGAGCCGCGACGGAGACAAGGUUCGAGGAGUGUACACCCUGUAUGAGCCCGACGGUGCACUGCGUACUGUCGAGUACACAGCUGACGCAUUACACGGAUUUAACGCAGUAGUGAGAAGAAAUGAGCCAAAUAAGCACUCUCAUUUGGGUGCGGGAUAUAAACCCGAUGUUCCUGUCAACACUGUGCAUAGUUAUGAUGAAACAGGACCAGGGUAUGCUGCCGAGAGAGGGACUUACCCCGUCCAAAAUACGGUGACCAGACGACAGGGAAAACCCAAUCAAUACAACCAAGGAGUAGAAUAUAGUGUCGACCAUGGACGUAAUCCAGAUAAAGCAUAUUAAUUGUAUAAAUUAUCAGAAAAAUGUAUAAAUAAAAGCGUUAAAUGUAUAA